CAAGACGAAAACACAGGAACCCACGUUACGGAACAAGUGUCAUUCUCCCUGCUUAAUCUGCAUGCAAUAAUUCUGUCUUCAAUGUCAAGGAUUUGUUUUACACAUGACAUAUGUGAUGAUUAAAGCAUAAAUUACACGAGGACUCGGAAGUUGACAGACGAUUUGUUUAGCCGCUGUUUCAUGUUACCGGCCCGUCCGGAGCUCGGCAAACAACAUAUUACGCAUCAUAUACUGCAUACAGUUAUUGAUCAGCAGAACAAUACACGUAUAGAACGAGUGUGAUGGCACUGAAGAGGAAAUGUGCCUUGCGUUUGUGAAAUGUACAGCGGCAAUGAAUCGAGCAGGAAUUUUAAGUGUGUUUUACUUAAUAGGUAUUUUGAUAGCAAAGGUAGUAUCGGAAGGCGAUGGAAUGCACAACACAGUGCUCGGAUACAACGAAUACAAAAGGCUGAAUCCAAACAAAGAACCGACGUUAUGUUAUGAUGAGAUAGGCGUUGAAGUAAAUGGAACAAUGUUUACUAAUUUCACGUGUCCCCUUCCUAACCUGGACACGAGGCUAACACACUGCUGCAAUACCACGUGCUGUAUGCCAAACGCAGUGAGAGGGGGAGGUGGAGGCGACACUUCUGUUACUGUGGCGGUGACGAUCGUUGUGGUAGGAGGUGUGUCCGUUACUCUGUGUAUGGUCCUCUACUGCUGUUGUUGUCAGAAAAGACCAGGAAUUCACGGGGGAAAACUCAUCUGGAUCAAAAAGAAAAAGGACAAGAUUGUAUACGAGGAAGGAGGCGUGUCCCCGGUGGCGGGAAGUCCCGCAGACGAUAAUGGUGACGAAGAACUGCUGGGAUUUGUGUAUCCGCCAGACGAAAAAGGUCACACAGAUCACUCUCUCGAAAAACGGAUAGACGUGGAUACCCCCACCCAGCAGAAAAGGGUACUGCCGGACGGACAGGAUGAAAAGGGCGGAGGGGAGAAACAUGAUAGGGAUCUAAACAUUCCCCUCAUUACAAUACGUAAAGCAAGCACGCCAGGUGAAGAGGAGGACAACUGAUUCAGAGGUCAGAUCCACGAGUAACAACACAGAAUACAGAAUUAUGCAAGAGACAUCUAUUUUUAUUUUACAAUUGAUCUGUAGUAAAUAGACAAGCAAAACGGGCAUCGUAUUCCGCAUGUUCUUCUUUAAACAGUAAUUUUACAAGUUAAACAGUGUCCAUUUGCUCCGUUUAAUGCCAAAUAUACAUGUAUAUCCAGUCAUUGGAUGGAUUGUCUCAUCGACUAAGUUGAGAUAAUAAACUAAUAGGAAAGCAGUGCACUAAUAUAAUCGGUAACAAAGUAAUGUAGAUAUUACUGUAAUGGUUCAACAUGUGAAUAAUCAGUAACAAAGUAAGGUAGUUAUUACUGUAAUGGUUCAACAUGUGAAUAAUCAGUAACAAAGUAAUGUAGAUAUUACUGUAAUGGUUCAACAUGUGAAUAAUAAAGUAAGGUAGAUAUUAUUGUAAUGGUUCAACAUGUGAAUAAUCAGUAACAAAGUAAGGUAGAUAUUAUUGUAAUGGUUCAACAUGUGAAUAACAAAGUAAGGUAGAUAUUACUGUAAUGGUUCAACAUGUGAAUAACAAAGUAAGGUAGAUAUUAUUGUAAUGGUUCAACAUGUGAAUAAUCAGUAACAAAGUAAUGUAGAUAUUACUGUAAUGGUUCAACAUGUGAAUAAUAAAGUAAGGUAGAUAUUAUUGUAAUGGUUCAACAUGUGAAUAACAAAGUAAGGUAGAUAUUAUUGUAAUGGUUCAACAUGUGAAUAAUAAAGUAAGGUAGAUAUUAUUGUAAUGGUUCAACAUGUGAAUAACAAAGUAAGGUAGAUAUUACUGUAAUGGUUCAACAUGUGAAUAACAAAGUAAGGUAGAUAUUAUUGUAAUGGUUCAACAUGUGAAUAACAAAGUAAGGUAGAUAUUAUUGUAAUGGUUCAACAUGUGAAUAAUCAGUAACAAAGUAAGGUAGAUAUUAUUGUAAUAGUUCAACAUGUGAACUUGCUCCUGUUGUGCUUUUUGUUUUUUCAUCGUGAUAUAUUUUGUUCAACAUUACUAUGUAAACUGUUGUAUCCCAGCUGGUAGAUCGUAAGAUGCUAAAUUUGUAUAAAGUGUAAUGGUAUGAACUGAGAUGUGAGAAUAGUCAAACUAAAUAUGUAUAUGAAAUAACUUUAUGUUAAGAGUGAAUGGGGAGUGUUUGUGAAUGGUGUCGGUGAUUGUCAGAGUGCAUUGCAAGCCUGAUCUUGUUUAACACAUGUAUUUAUUGCACCCUAAAUAUCAGUCUUUUAGAUACUUUUUUUAUAUGAUAUGAUUCACUCAUUUGUAAUAAAUACAGUACAAGAAAUGCA